GCCGCUAUGGCGGAGGUGGAAUCACGCUUCCUGCACCUCCUGCAGCCCAUCCGCGACCUCACCAAGAACUGGGAGGUGGAUGUGGCUGCCCAGCUCGGGGAGUACCUGGAGGAGCUGGAUCAAAUCUGCAUUUCCUUUGACAAUGGCAAAACCACCAUGAACUUCAUAGAAGCAGCCCUGCUGAUCCAGGGCUCUGCCUGCGUCUACAGUAGGAAGGUGGAGUAUCUCUACUUGCUGGUCUACCAGAUGCUCGACUUCAUCUCCAAUAAAAAGCGGGAAAAACAGCCCUGCUCCUUGGGGAAGGACGGCAAAGACACCGAUGCGAGCUUUGGGGCUGACAAGGAGGAGUUUCUCUCCCUGGACGACAUUGGGGACAGCAGCCAUGUGAGCGUGGACAUGAAGAAGGAUCAUCAGCCCAAAACUGUGAAUGUCAUUCCCUUGACUCCGAUGUCUUUGGUCCCCCCAGAAGAGGCUGACAAGAGGGACAACCCUCUGUUCAGCCGGAAAGGGGAGAUCCUCGCCAGCCGGAAGGAUUUCCGGAUGAACAUGAGCACCCCUCACACCACCGGAGCCUUCCUGCUGGAGCCGGCAGGCCUCUCCCCCAUCUGCCCACAGGAGCAGCAGCUUGAAGUGAGCCCCGGCAGAGUGGCAGGAGCACCGUCCUGCGUCCUCGGCAGCAGGAGGGAUUGUGUCAGCACUGGCAGGGCUCCCGUCCAGGCGCUGAGCUUUUCCACAGACAGAGGUGCCACAGGACCAGACGAUGCUGACAGCAGAGAUGACGACAUGCCCGGGGCCCUGGAGGAUGAUGUGGAAAUGACUCUGGCUCCUAACGAACACAUUGAGGUGCAGAGGAGCGUGCCCCGGACGAAGGGGUAUGUGCUGCGGGAGCGAGCCCCUGCCGAGGACCCCAAAGCCCGCCUCAAGGAGAUGCUGGAUCCGUGGCAAAGCCUCGACCCCUUCGGUGACUCCGAGGACAAGCCGUUUAAGAAAGGGAGACCCUUCCUGGUGCCACAUGGCCUGGACGAUGUCGUUGGUGGCAAGCGGAAGAGGAAGGGACCGAGGAAGCUCCAGGACUUCAUGGAAUGGUUCUCUGCAGCCUAUAACAACGUCACUGACAGCAGGAAAACCAGGAGGAAAGGGCCGACAUUUGCAGAUCUGGAGGUGCUGUACUGGAAGGAGCAGAAGUUGCGGAUGGCGGCACAGAGGAAGCUGCAGAGCCGGGCGGAGCUGCUGUGUCCACUGCCGCGUGAGGAGGAGCCAGCUCUGCUGGAGGAGGAACGCGGGGCUGACUGCGACGAAGGAGCAGGUGACUUCAUGGAGUACGAGGACAUCCAGGCUGAGGGUUUGGAGGAGCUGGGGGAAGGAGCCCUGGGCCCCCCCGACCUGGGCUCGCUGGGCUACGAGGAGCUGGUGCGCAGGAACGUGGAGCUGUUCAUCGCCAACUCCCAGAAGUACGCACAGGAGACGGAGCUGUCCCAGCACAUCCGCUGCUGGGAGGAGAGGAUUGGGCCGCUGCUGCAGGAACAGGAGGAGCGAGCCACCUUUGACAUCCACGGCUACGGGGACACGCUAGCGAGCAGCUGCAGGCGCCUGGGCGAGUGGCGGUCCUUCGCCAGCCUGGUGGCGGGGGAGCCCCCCUUCGAAGUGUGCCGCUACAUGCUGGCCACCCUCCAGCUGGCUAACGACUCCGUGGUGGAGCUGGCGCAGGACCCGGGACUGGAGCAGGCGCUGGACACGGCACGCCUGCGGCUCCUCACCCACCAGCGGCCGCAGGAGCGCUUCCACGCCUUCCAGCCCCCCUCCGCCUGCCCCUGA